ACCUGGCCCCGGGCUCUGUGGGGCUCCUGUCUCGGUCAGGGUCUGAGCAGCACGCAGUGGGACCUGGCCCCGUGCUCUGUGGGGCCCCUGUCUCGGUCAGGGUCCAUGCAUCGCCUGGCACAACAGAGGCCCUACCCUGCUCUCAGUCAAGAUUAGCUGGGCAUAGUAAGGACUGAUUUCAGUUUGGGUCUUGGGACCCUACUCUAAACGAGUGCACUGAAGUAGGUGUCUGCUUCCCUCUAGUGGUAGCUUGAUAUGAUGGGCCGUGUUAGUCUGGAUCAGCAAAAUCAAUGAGGGGUCCUUGUAAUAUUAAAGUGCCAAUAGGCCAGCCCCAGCCUCUCCGCGCAGAGUCCCUCACAGUGGCAAGGUGGUGAUCUGAAAAGGGGGCCAGCCGAAUGCUGGAGGAGUGGGCCCAUGAAAGGUGGAGACGUGACAAGUAAAUGCGGUCCAGCCUGGAGUGGCACCUCUGUGUGUCUAUAAACAAGAUUGUUGAUGAGAUUUAGUUUCUGGCUAAAUUGUGCCUGCCACCCUCAUGGGUUAAGUCUGCCCGGGGGGUGCAGAGAGGAGGGUUAGUUGCUAAGAGCCACUGCACAGGAUGUAGCGCUGGUUUGCGAGGAUCUUUCCAUGCAAGCAGCUCGCUGUUAGGGCUCCAGUGCACACACCACGUGCUUGUGCUGCAAACUUGUUCAGGGCCUUGGGUUAAGGGGAGAGGAAAGGUUUGCAAAGGUAGCUGGGGGGUGCUGGGAUGGAGGCACUGGCCUGGGAUUGUGGAAGCUGGUUUCAUCCUGGCUAGGGAAAAAAGGUGCUGGCUUUCUGUCUGGCUGUGGGAGAGGAGGGGAUACAGUGGCUAAAGCAGGGGGGCUGGAAGUCAGGACUCCUGGGUUUCAUCCCCAGCUCAGGGAGGGGAGCGGUGUCUAGGGUUUCAGAGGUUAAGGGCAGACAGCAUCAUUAGAUCAUCUAGUCUGACCUUCUGAAUAUCCCAGGACAUUAAACUUCACCCAGACAGUCGUAGGUUGAGUCCAAUGACUUUAGCAUUUCCACCUCGAGCUUAAGGCAGUGGAGGGCAAACUAUGGCCCGCGGAUCUAGCCUGCCAGCCAUUUUAAGCCGGUCCUUGAGUUCCUGCUGGGGAGUGAGGUCUGAGGCUUGCCUCGCUCUGGCAUUCCAGCUGGGGAGCAGAGUCGGGUGCUGCACCAUGCAGCUCCCGGAAGCCACGGCACAGCACCCCUCCAGUUCCUAUGUGCACCAGUGGCCCACUCUGGCACUUCAAUGGGAGCUGCAAGGGCGUUGCCUGCGGACCAGACAGCGUGCAGAGGGGGCUGCGCCUCCACAUAGGAGCCGGAGAUGGGACAUGGCACUGCUUCCGGGAGCCGCUUGAGAUGUGAGCCCCAUGCAGAGAACAGGAGAGAACCAGGAUCUCUGGCAUUAUGUUUGGCUUGAUUAGGUAAGACCAUGAUGAGCACAACAGCCGCCUCAUGCCUCAUGCUGCAGAGGAGAGCAAAAGGUCCCUGCCACUGUGACCGGGGCGAGGGGGGGAGAGAAUUCCUGCCCGCUGCCACAUCAGGUGAUCAGCUGGACCCUGAACAAGACUCACCCUACAGCCAUCUACAACAGAGAAACGUCAGAGCGCAGGCCCCAUUACCUGUUAUCCCUACUCCAGCUGUAGGUGAUCCCUGAUGCUUCAGAGGAAAGCCAAAAAGCACCCCCAUCCCCGAUUGCAGUUGUGCCUCCACGAGUUGGGUGCCUCCAUUGUUGUAAGGAUCUGCGUCCAAAUGCCUCCCGAGCCCUGUACAGUCCCUGCGCGCUCUACUCACCAUGCCCGUGGAGGAGUUUGUGGCUGGCUGGAUUUCAGGAGCUGUGGGGCUGGCCUUGGGGCACCCAGUGGACACAGUGAAGGUGCGGCUGCAGACACAGUCUGGCUAUCGGGGGAUCCUGGAUUGCAUAAUCAAAACGUACCGCAAUGAAACGGUCCUAGGCUUCUUUAAGGGGAUGAGUUUCCCACUGCUGAGCGUGGCCCUGGUUAACUCAGUGAUGUUUGGGGCCUACAGCAAUGCCCUGCUGUACCUGAGCACCACCCAUCACCACGACCGCCACACCAACCCUCCCAGCUACGCCCACGUCCUCACCGCUGGCAGCUUCUCCGGCCUGAUGCAGGCGGUGGUCCUGGCUCCUGUUGACCUGAUCAAAGUUCGGCUACAGAACCAGCUUCACCCCUAUGGACUAAGGAGUCUAGCGGGGACCUCUGGAGCCCAGUACCGGGGCCCAGUGCACUGUGGUGCCAGCAUAUUCCGCGAGGAGGGGGUAAUGGGCCUGUUCCGGGGCACCCAGGCCCUGGUGCUGUGAGAUACACCCACUUUGGCCAUCUACUUCCUCACCUACACCAGCCUCUGCCAGGCCAUGACAGUGCAGGGGCGAGAACCAGGGCCAAUGACAGUUCUUGUAGCUGGGGGCUGUGCUGGCACCAUCUCCUGGGUCGUAGCCACGCCCCUGGACGUGAUCAAGGCCCGGCUCCAGAUGGACGGGGUGAAGGGAGUGUCCUACUGCGGGGUCUGGGAUUGCAUCCGCAUCAGUGUUCGGCGUGAGGGACCCCAGGUGUUCCUAAAGGGCCUUACCCUGAACAUUAUCCGUGCCUUCCCUGUCAACGCGGUGACCUUCCUGAGCUACGAGAACAUCCUGAAACUCAUCUGCUGAGCCCCACCCUGCUCCCUGCAGCAUCAUGCAUUGAGGGGCCAGCGCUGACUGCCAGGGGAAAAUGCCCCCAACUGAGCCCCCCUGCCCAGCUCUGUGUAACAGAGCACCCCCUAGCAUUGUGCUGGGGGGAGAGAUAGCACAGUGGUUUGGCAUUGGCCUGCUAAACCCAGGGUUGUGAGUUCAAUCCUUGAGG